AUGCCUGGAGAUGCUGACAAACAGCUGAGCAAAGCUCUUUCAUGGCUGCUCAGGCAUGGUGCUCCUAAGCAAGGCUUCUCUGUUCUUCCUGGUGGAUAUCUGUAUGUGAAAGACAUUUUGAAGCAAAAAAAUUUUGCAAAGUAUUCAAUUGAGGAUAUUCAACAAGUGGUGAAUUUCAACGACAAGCAGCGUUUUGCCCUUCGUCCCUGUCCUCAGACAGGAGAACUCCAGAUCAAAGCCAAUCAAGGACAUUCUUAUCAGGUGGAGGACUUGGAACUUGAAGAGAUUCACAAUAGUGAGGAAGCUCCAUUGGUUAUACAUGGGACAUAUGGGAAGAAUUGGUCCAGCAUCAAAGAGAAGGGCUUGAGUCGUAUGAACCGAACCCACAUUCACUUUACCCCAGGUGAACCAGGUCAAGAUGGGGUCAUCAGUGGCAUGAGAUCAUCUUGCCAACUCUUCAUUUAUAUUGAUAUUGACAAAGCCAUUGCUGGCAAGUCAAAUGGGAUCAAGUUCUUCCGUUCACCCAACAACGUGAUUCUCAGUCCAGGCAACAGUAAAGGAUUUAUUGAGCCAAAGUAUUUCAAGAAGGUUGUACAGGCCCAUUGCAUUGACUGUGAUGCCCUGGAGAUGUGGGCUUGGCACCUGCUCAGCAGGAAGCAUCAACGAAAUGUGUAUCGAGCUGAUGUCCCUCCUGAGAUUGCCGAACGAAGCAUCUAUGUCUCUGGUUUCCCAAUUGGUAUCAAGGACAUGGAGGUCUUCAACUACUUUUCUAAAUAUGGAGAUAUCCAGAACAUCACUCCAAUUCGGAAUGCUGAGACUGGUGGAUUCUACUUUUUUGAAUUCACAGACCGACGUAUUUCAGAGGAAGUCAUCAAGAUGAGGCACUGCUACAAUGGUUUCCCCCUCAAGGUUUCUAGGAGGAGAGUACGUCAGAUUGAGGAUGCAGCUCAGCGUAAUACCAUCGAUGAAAGCUUUGUGCUUCGCAUGGUGAAGAAGGUGAUGACUCCACUAGAGCAGAUGCAGACAUUUGUUCGGAAUGUUGAGCUCACAGACGAAGAUGUGGGAGAGAGGAAUCGCUUUUGCUGGGACUUGCAGAAAGCGUUUCGUACCCGCUACCCAAAAGCCACCGUCUAUCCUUUUGGUUCUACGGUGAAUGGUCUUGGCUUUCGUGGCUGUGAUCUUGACAUCUAUGUCGACUUUGGUUUCCCUCCCCCAGGAGCUCCAAUGCCCAUCCCUACCAUCGACCAGCUGCAGAUGGUUCAUGACAUGUACUACAUCCCAAACCAGGCUGAACAAGUGAAGAUUGCUUUUGGCAUUAUCAGGAAAAUCCCAGGCCUCGUCGAUGUCGUGCCCAUCCUCAAGGCACGCAUCCCCAUCCUCAAGUUUCGUUGUGCAAAGCUUGCCAUCAACUGUGAUCUCUCGUUCCGCAACUCCAUCUCCCUUCGCAAUUCGAACCUACUGCGGCUACUGAUGGGCGUGGAUGACCGAAUCCGAUAUUUCAUCAUUGUCCUGCGGUGGUGGGCAAAGCGGCACGACAUCACUGGAAAGCGGCAGGGAGUUCAGCUCAAUAACUUCACCUGGACCUGGCUCAUCAUCUUCUUCCUGCAACAACUUCCUGAGCCCCUUCUACCAACAGUGGAAUUCUUACAGACUAAGUAUAAGGAGAUGGGCUAUCCUCCGACAUUGAUCGAUGGCUGGGAUUGCAGCUUCCCCGAGGAAGGUGACUGUAUCCCACCUGUGAAAGAGGAUUUGGCCUUUGAAGAACUUCUGUACGACUUUUUUGAAUUCUACGCAAACUUCGACUUCUCAUCACAGGUUAUCUGCCCCUUGCUGGGCAGGUCCAUUCCUGUGGGUGCAUUCUUCAACUUCCCCGAACUCCCACCGGGCCUGGAGCGAUACACAGAACGCUAUCUCUCGGGAGAGAUCUCUCCUCUCCCUGUGGAGGCUACCAUGUGCGUGCAGGAUCCGUUCGAACUGAAUUUCAACCAAGCACGUGUGUUCACGCACAAGGGCCUCUCCAAUCUAAUAACCAAGUGUCAGCAGUAUCGGGACAUCUGUGCCAUAUUUUCGUCCAAAGAGCCCGGUGCAAAGAUCCCCAACAAAAAGCUUCACAAUAAGGUCUAUCCUUUGCUGGACAUGCUGUUUGGAUCCACGGUGGCUGCUGCAGUGAUCCUGAAGAAAGGGGUCCCGCGUCGAAUCCUGGAACAGGACAAGACCUACCACACGACCAUCUCCAUUCCCAUGGGGAAAUUCUGCGUUGCCCACCCGCAAGAAAACAACCCCUAUAGAGGACUGAAGAAGGUGAAGCGCAUCCCGACGGCUGAGACCCAAGAGGACCUCGCCCUCAGGGAACUCGAACAAAAGAAUCAGGACUACUGGUGUGAAACUGUUGCCAAAUUAGUGGAAGAAGUGUUUAAAAGGGCCUUACUAUUCGAUGUAAUGGACGUCACUGAGAUGGCCAUUCCACACCGGUUUGAAGGAGGAAAGAGAAAGGUGAAAGAGAAGGGCGAGGAAGGGAAAGAACCUCCUGUUCCAGGGGAAGACGAACCAGUCGAAGUAGAAAACGGGACGACGAGCAAGCCUUGCGAGUCGGAGGAGAAGGAGAAUCGAAAUGGAGUGGAUGUCGCCGACGUGCCCCAACCCCCCCAGCUCAACGGAGAAAAGAAGAAAGCGAAAGAGACGGAGGACGAUGGGAAAGAGCCUCCAGUACCAGGGGAGGAGCCAGUUGAGGUAGAAAACGGGGAGACCAGUGACCCAUGCGAGUCGGACGAGAAGGAGAAUCGAGACGUUAACUCCGACGCCGACAACUGUUACGCCGUCAACUACGAGAAUCUCAUGAAGGAGCUGAAAGUGGACUUCGAUACGAAGCUGAUCCCAAAAGAGGCUCGCGAGGGGAAGGCAGACAACGUGCUGAAGGUCUUCUACUGCCAGGCGUUCUACUCGACCUGGGAGCGGCGGAAGCGAUUCAACACCCAAUUCGAGUUCCCCGAGGGCAUGCCGUUCAUCGACAGGGAAGAAAGGAUCUGUUCCCAGAUGGUCCACGUCACGUACAAGGUGAAACCGGAGCUCCCGCGCACGUGCUUCAUCUGCGAAGUUCGUCGCAAGGAGAAUCCCACCCGGAUCUUCCUCAUGUUCACCGACAUUGCCUCCCUCAAGCGAACUCUGAAGGCAGUGUGCAACUUCCUGAGAAAGUACCUGCCGAACGCAAUCCAAGAGACCCUGAAGGAGAUCGACACGCUUCCCCGCCUCCCGCCAAAGACUCCUGACGGCCCCCUAGUCGAAAUGGUGGACAACAGAAAUGCCCAUCACGACGAUUCGGAUGACUCGGAUAGAGAGUGCUACACGCCCAUGGAAAUGUCUCACGACCGUUCCGACGAAAUGGAAGACGAGGGUCGAAUUCCAGAUUUGGUCACUCAAGAGAACAAAGGUCUGGCCUGGCAUUCGGACACCCUGGUCGAGAUGUACGAAGCCCCAUCCGAUUCGGGCGAGAGCGAUGACGGGGAAGAGCCUCCUCCGCAGCCUCAAGCCUACCAAGACGACGUUGGUGACCAAAAGAGUAACGUGAAGGUGGUGGCAGCUCUGUUCGCCGACGACGACGAGGAGUAUCCCGACGGCAAGGAAAACUACGUCCCCGCCCCGAAACGCUUCUGCCUGGAGGAACAACCGAAGAAGAUCCUCGUCGGAUGGUACGACGAAGUCGAAGACGACGAAAAAAGCGACGACGACGCCGGAGAGCAAGAAGCCCAAGAGUCCGCAUUCCCCCUGCACAGUUUCCUGACGACCGUGACCGGCGAGGACGAAGCGCAGCUGAAGCCCCUCGGCCCCCCAGAGGAAGAGCAGCGGUACAUCCCGUUCCUCGGGGGGAUCCUGAACCCGGAGGAGUCGCCAGACGCGUCGUCCAAGAUCCCGUUCCUGUUCGACGACGAAGACCAGUCGGUCGACGUC